UCCGCACUCUCCAUGGCAUCCUUUUCCACACCGGUCAAUAUGACGAUCGUAGCAAUAACUGCGUUGAAAAUGGCCACUGUAAUCAGCGGUGCCAGGCCCUGGGGCGCACGUACCCACGCAAAGGGGACUGAUAUCUCAUCCCUGCUCCUGCUCCUCCGCCGCUGCUGCCCUCACAACCAGGAAAGUCCUUCUGCUAAAUCCGGCCUUUGCUUUUAAUAUAGUCUUCCAUUGCGUCGUCGCAGUAAUGGCGAGCUCAAUCAGCGGCGGUGGAACCUGGACAAGGCUGCUGAUGCGGUGGAGUCGGAAUUUAUGAGCAGGCGCGUUCACGGCAUGGGCGCCACCACCGAUUGUCUGUGUGCCGAGGAUCUGCGGUCUCUGCAUCACAUUCCGUUAUCGCUCCCCUCCGGAGUUGAUGUGGUCUGCCUGGUUGCUGUUGCGCAAUGCUUCCAUCGUUCGAAGAAUAUUAAACAUAACAUACCAUAUACUGAUGGGAAAUAUUAUGUGAGACCUAUCCGUGGAACUCCACACGAUAACGAAACAACACGAGGCCUUCAUGUCUUCGCCCGAAUGCACCGUUCCCGAGCCCAAUACAAACAACGGCCCACAGCACUAGAACCACACAAGCACGAGGAGAUUUGGCCGAGAAUUUUUGCGAUUCCAAAACCACCAAGCAACACAAGGCGACCAACAGUUGCAAGGGCGGGGUGUAACGACGCCACCGCAGCAGCAAAUCUAGACAUACGUAGAGUUUAUGGACGGCACGACAGAAAGCCUGAUCGCCUUGCGCCUGGACGGCAUGCGGCAAUCCGCGACCUCAAGGAUGAAAGCAGUGGCUAUGGUUCGGAGGGCAAUUCUGCUAUGGCCCUCGCCCGGACGCUUGGAUUUUCACUGACAUCGACAAAAGGAACCGCCGGUGCGGCAACAACCAUUCCCACCGGGAGGGCUGCCUGUCUUACGCCCAUUUUUUGGUUUUUCCUCCCCGUUGGCGUUUUCUCCAGGUUGUCUCUUGGGGUUUCAACAGAUUUGCUGCUGCGACUGUGGUCCUGGGCGGAGAGUCAUCGUCGUCUUCGAUCGAUAGCCCCUGUUGGUCCACGAAGCUUCACGGCAAGCACUUUUAAAAGAAAGAAUGGAGAGUCCGUUGGCUUGUUCGGGUCGCUGCGAUCGCUUCGUCUGGAGCUGAGCCUUAUGAUUUGGGAAAUUUUGAGAAAUUUUGAGAAAUUUUGAGCAUGCUGAAAAUUUCUCUGUCCAAACUGGAAAUGGCCCACUUGCCCUUCAACUGCCAUAACUGCAGUGGAUAUUCGAAUCCCGUGUCUCGACUCUAACUUGUCUGGAGUGGCUUGUAACUUCCACGCUCCCUCUGAAGUCGGAGAAACCGCUAGAAGUGCGGGCCUCACAAAAAUUGCUACUGAUACUAUUCUUGGGGGGCCUGCCCACGCUUUUUGAUUAGAAGUAAAGAGGACAAAUAUUAAUUGUUGCGAUAUUAUUUUCUUUCCUAGUUAAUGAAUUCCUAAGAGACGGGCUCGUAAAUCUUGCAAGGACCACAGGAUGGGCUAAAAACCAGCUUUUUCCCGACAACAUCUAUAUCU